CCGAUUCUCAUGGCUGCUGUUACCUUUGUGUUUCUACUACUACUACUCCUGUCUGCUGCACUUCAUAUUUCUGCAGUAGUAGCAGCUCAGCAGCAUCAACAAAGAUCAUCCAACAUUAGCUUAGGUUCCUCUCUCUCCCCUUUCUCCACCAAUUCAUCAUGGCUUUCUCCUUCUGGCCGAUUUGCCUUUGGAUUUUAUCCACAGGGAAAUGGGUUUGCCAUUGGAAUUUGGUUUGCCCAAAUACCUGAACUUACAGUCGUAUGCACAGCAAAUCGAGAUGAUCCACCUUUGUCUAGCAACGCUACGUUGGUCCUUACCAGUGAUGGAAGAUUCAUCCUUGAAGUCACACCACAAGACCAAGAGAAACUUAUUGCAGAUAUUUCGCAGUCUGCCUAUUCGGCUUCCAUGCUUGACACCGGCAAUUUCGUUCUAUAUAAUUCAAGCGGAAGUAUCAUUUGGCAAAGUUUUGAUCAUUUCCUUACCGACACCCUUCUCCCAGGUCAACGUCUACUCGCAGGGCAAGAGCUGGUCUCAAGUUUAUCAGAAACCGACCACUCCACUGGAAGAUUUCGGCUCAAGAUGCAGAAUGACGGCAACCUUGUUCAAUACCCCAUUAAAACUCCAGACACAGCCCCAAAUGCAUAUUGGACAUCAUGGACGGAUGGGCAAGGAGAUAACGUGACAUUAAAUUUUGAUGACAAUGGAUUCCUGUAUUUGCUUAAUAGUACUGGUUUCAGUGUUAGCAGUCUAUUUCUCGGUGGAAGUAGUACUCCCGUUAACAGAGGUUUUUACCGCAUGACGAUCGAUGUUGAUGGGAUCUUCAGAGUCUAUUCCCUUAUGAAGAAUAGUAGUAGUAGUAGUAGUAGUAGUUGGUCGAUCAACUGGGCAUCAUCAACCAACAACUGUGACCCCAAAGGUGUUUGUGGAUUGAACGGGUAUUGUACUCUCAUGGAUCAGCGGGCCGUAUGCAAGUGUAUUCCUGGUUUCAACUUCAUUGACCAGAAUCGCCAAAGUUUGGGUUGCCAUCAGGCGAAGUUAGAAGCUGAUCAGGGCUGUGGAAAUGGAAAACGCAGUAGCAAUUCCAUAUCCAUAUUGGAGAACACCGUAUGGGAAGAUGAUCAAUUUUCAGUUUUAUCAUCCCAAACUGAAGCAGAAUGCAAAGAUGCUUGCUUGGCAGAUGGUAACUGUGAAGCUGCGACGUUUAAAGACCAGGAAUGCAGAAAACAGAAGCUCCCGUUGAGAUACGGAAGAAGAGUUGUAGAUACAUCCACCACUACCACCUUAACUUUUGUCAAAGUCUUCAGUUGUAGCCCCACCAACAGUACUACUCCAACUGAUCAUGAACUGGGAAUGAAAGAAAGCAAGAACAGAGCAAGUAAAGGUAUCUUAAUUAUCACUCUUGCGUUUUCUGCUUGUACAUUUAUGGUAUUUGCAUUUUCUGGAUUUCUUGUUUACCAGUACCGUGUUUGGGCAUAUACAAAGAUCUCAGAUCAAGCAAAAUUAGGAUUAGUUGAGGAGAUCGGACUUCGAUCAUUUACAUAUGUUGAGCUUGAGAAAAUGACAGAGGAUUUCAAAGAAGUGGUGGGUAGGGGAGCUUUCAGCACGGUUUUUAAAGGAACCUUCUUGUCAAAUAAUGGCAGAAGGAUCGUAGCUGUGAAGAGACUAGACAAAGUGUUGGAUGAAAGAGAGAGAGAAUUUCAGACUGAGAUGAGAAUAAUUGCCAAAACACAUCACAAAAACCUAGUUCAAUUGAUUGGUUAUUGUUGUGAUGGUCCAAAUAGGCUUCUGGUGUACGAGUAUAUGAGCAAUGGAUCACUUGCAGACUUCCUCUUCAAAUCCGAAGAACCACCACCAUGUUGGCAUGAAAGGGUUGGAAUUGCUCUCAACAUAGCUAGAGGUAUCCUCUACUUACAUGAAGAGUGUGACACCCAAAUCAUCCACUGUGACAUAAAGCCUCAAAACAUACUCUUGGACGAGUACCAAUGUCCAAAGAUAGCUGAUUUUGGAUUGUCAAAGCUGUUAAAGGCAGACCAAACUAGGACUCAGACUGGGAUCCGAGGGACAAGAGGGUAUGUUGCACCCGAGUGGCACCGGAAUUUGCCUGUAACACUUAAGGCAGAUAUUUACAGUUUUGGGGUCCUGUUUUUGGAGUUAUUAUGCUGUAGAAAAGGAAUUGAUAUGAAUGUUCCAGAGGAAGAAACCAUCCUCACAGAUUGGGUCUACGACUGUUUUGAGUCUGGUGAGCUUGGUAAGCUGGUUGGUGAAGAAGAGGUGGACAAAAGAAGAUUGGAUAGGAUGGUUAGGAUCGGAAUUUGGUGUAUACAGGAUGAGCCCUCGCUUCGUCCCUCUAUGAAGAAGGUGGUGUUGAUGUUAGAAGGGACCGUAGAGGUACCCAUUCCUCCGAGUCCCAUUUCUUUUUUGAGUUCCAUGUAAUAGUCAAGUCAAAGUUAUGAAAUCUU